AAGCAUUGAUAUAUAACUUAGGUUAUUUUCUUCCUGUAUGCAUUUUCCAUCUGUCCACUGAAACUCAGGUUGAUGCAUAAAAACAGAAGAUUCCUAUUAGUUAUUACUGAUUUUGAGAGGAAUCAGUCCAAAAUACUUUUAUUUAAAGGCUUUAUAUGAAAUUACUUUCAUCUAUUUUAAGGCCAUUGUUGGUGAAAUCUUCUGCAAAUGCUUCCUUUAAAGGAUGAAUAAUUUAAAAUCAGAUCCUACACAGAAACAUGAGGCAAGUGGGCUCUGGAAAAUCAAAUUCCAGAGUGCUGUUCUGGGGGUUGGACUUAGUUGUCAAAUAUAAAACAUUUAUGAGCCCUGUGGUGAUAUUUUUGAAGAUAAGGAGUAAUUAAUUGUGCUGUGAAAUCACACCUUCCAUCAUCCUGACUGAUUCUUUGUGUGUGUGCUCUUGCAGGAUAAAUAUUAUUACUGCAAACAUCAGAAACCAUUUGGAAUUCCCACAGUUAGGCACUGGAAUUAUUUUGCCUUAAAGAUGUCUAAAAUUUAUGAUGGGGCAUGUGUGAUUUUAAGGAAAUAGAGUGAAAGCAAACACUGGAGGGUCCAGCCUGGGGGUGUGGUUUUAAACUGAGUUUUGUGAUCAUUUAUCCAUUGCAAUCUCUAAUCCUGACACUGGAGCAGCAGCUUCAGCACGGAUCCCAUCGAGGUUUGGAAGGACUGCUGGGGAUUUGUGUGCCUCAAAUCCAAAAACUACCUGGCUAAUGGUUCUGUCCUUGAGGUGGAGCCAGAGGGGCUGUGCUGGGAUUGCUGGGAUCCAGAGCCCUUGGAGCAGAUCCUGGUGGGGAUCAGGGGCGUUUCCAGCCAGGAAGAUGCUCCAGGACUGGUGGGGCAGACCCUGAGGGACAGCAGCACACCCCGACCAUGAGCCCGGCUCCCGUCGGCGCCUUGUACACGAGACCCCUGCGAUGGCUGUUCCUGCUGCUGCUGCUGUUUUCCCUGCUCUCCAUGUGGUACAUCACCCUCUCCUCCAGGGCUGGCCUGGAGAACCUCAACCUGCUCUACUUCUACGAGCCCGAGCCCGCGCACCGCCAGCCGCGCCCGUUCGCGCUGCGCGAGCGCCGCCGCUGCGCCGACGCCCGGCCCUUCCUGGUCAUCCUGGUGGCUUCCAGCCCCGGGCAGCUGCGGGCCAGGCAGGCCAUCAGGAUCUCCUGGGGCUCCCGGGACUCCUGGUGGGGCCAGCGCGUGCUGACGCUGUUCCUGCUGGGGCGCGACGCGCGCGGCCGGGCCGGGCCGGCGGCGCUGUCGGUGGAGGACGAGAGCGUUCUCUACGGGGACAUCAUCCUCCAGGACUUCCUGGACACUUAUGACAACCUCACCCUCAAGACCAUCAUGGCCUUCCAGUGGUUCUCUGAGUUCUGCCCCCACGCCAGGUUCUUCAUGAAGACCGACGCCGACGUCUUCAUCAACACUCCCAACCUGGUGAAGCUCCUGCUGCGCCUCAAUUCCUCCCAGAACGUUUUCACCGGCUUUCCCCUCAUCCAGAACUUUGCCUACAGAGGCUUUGACAGGAAAAGGUUCAUCUCCUAUGAGGAGUAUCCCUUCAGGCUCUACCCUCCCUACUGCAGCGGCCUGGGCUACAUCCUGGAUGGAAAACUGGCUCUGAGGACUUAUGAGAUGAUGGGCCACGUCAAACCUCUGAAAUUUGAGGAUGUUUACGUGGGAAUUUGCUUGAAUUUACUCAAAGUCAACGUCACUCUGCCAGAAGAUGCAGAACAAUUCUUCCUCUAUAAAAUCGACUUUGAUAUCUGUAAGUACAGGCAUUUGAUUGCAGUUCAUGGCCUCACAUCAAGUGAACUGAUCCAGUUUUGGCAGGAUUUGUCAUCUGACACUUCCAAAACUUGCCUGUGAUUGUGGAUUUAUUUGGAAAUUCAGUUUGGUGUAAGAGUGGCCUCUGGAGAUGGCUCUGACUGUGUUUCUCCUCACUAAAAGCAGGAAUUCCCUUUCCCACCCAGAGGUGCCUUGGAAUGUUCUGUCCCUUCUGCCUCUGCUGCCUUCCCAUGUGCCCAGAGCAACCCUGGGAUUCCCCUGGAUCUUCUGGAACAUACAAAAUGCCACUGAGGAAAGGUGUUUGUGCCAAGCAAGCAGCUCUGAGGAUGCUUCCCAAAUUCCUGCCUGGAUUGGUUUUAUUGUUUUAUUGCCACUCUCCAACCCAAUUUUUUUCCUGUGUAACCCCUCCUGAGUGUGUCACACCUUUACUUCAAUGUGUCACCUCCAAAAUGCUUCCAGGAGUGUUCCCAGCCUGGGGAUCCUGUGGGAUCUGCAGGAGCUGAUGGGAAAUGCUGGAAAUGUCAUGCACUCUGUGUGUCCAUAUUAAAGGGAAUGUUUUCCAUUUAAUUUCCAGUUUCCAUAUAGCUUUGGUGUUCCCAGACCAGGCAGAUAAAGUGGAGCUCAAGAGCCAUUUGGACAUCCCAAAAACAUUGGGAUCAUCAAUCCCCCCUCCCCUGUGUGUGUGUGAUGCAUCCCAGAAAUUUUGGAACCCUGUGGGGAAGAUGAAAAAUCAUUUCUGCUGUGAUUUGUGUCUGCCUCUAAAUGAGUUUUUUGGUUCCAAUUUUAAAAUGCAAAAAAGGAAGCAAUUCCCCCAUUGAUUCUUUAAAGAAGACCAACUCUGCCCUGUGUGUAAAGACCAGUUUUUAAUCACUUUAUUCAUAUCAGCAAGGCCCAGUUCUCAGUAGUGUACACUUCUAAUGGACAACAAUACAGAAUUUGCAAUUGCAUGAACAUAAUUAACCUGGACACAUCCACUACACGGGGGAGAGGCCAUGGAGACAUCCUGGCCUGGGCUGGCACAACCCCACAGCCCCUUUGUCUCUUAGAGACAAAAUUUUGGGCACUUCAGGGGCUGCCCAAACCUCCAGGAGCAGGGCUGGGGGUCACCAGUGCCUGCAGUUUGAGGAUGGGUUUGUUGUUUUUUAGGGUAAAAAGCUCUUGGGGACAACACUCCAGACAAGGAUUUCAGAUCUGAUGGUGAGAAGAUCAAAGCUUUUAAAAAAUAAAGUUUUUUUCUGUUUUGUUUUGUUGGAGGGGGGGAAUACAGUAUUGCAUAAUGAGGGAAUGAUGCUCUUGUGUUCCUAAAUCCAGGUGAAAUUCCAGCUGUGCUGUGGGUUGGGAGCUGGGGUUUGGCUGUUCUCUGAGCAGGUCCUGGGAGAACUGCCUUGUUCUCUGAUUGUUGUCACCUCUUAAACUCCAAACUCCUUUUUUCUCUAAGCCUGCCAUGUGAAAUGCUUGGAAAUAAAUUAUUUACCACAAGAA